AUGGUGACAGGGGGAGGGCAAAACCUUGAAAAAUUGUCUGCCUUGGAUGAACGGGUUGCUGGCAUUAUUGGGGACGCUGCGUGUUCCGGAGUGGUGAGUGGUGUGACUGACCGUGACCUCGUGGUGGAACCCCCAGAACCCCCAGAAACAGAACCAAACAUCCAAGAUGAAGACACGUCCGCUCCUGCCGCGAUGGUGCAGGAGGAGGCAAGGUCGUCCUCUGUACGUGAGGCUCGGGCACCAAGGGUAUUAACUGAUGAGGUCCUGCAGAACCAAGAGCACAUUGCCCAGGCAGUUAGUGACAUCAAGGGGCAGCUAAGCAACCUCAUUAAUGUGCUCACUGAAAUCAAGGUGUUCAGCAAAGAAUUGGGAACACUGAAGGGGUUUGAAGCAUCACUGACCCUGAAGCCCGAUCAGAAGCCGAAGUUCUGUCAAGCACGUGUGGUGCCGUAUGCCUUAAGACCGAAAGUGGAAGCUGAAAUAGAACGGCUAUUCCAGCAAGGAGUGAUCUCCCCAGUUCAAUUCAGUGAUUGGGCAACCCCCAUUGUACCAGUAAUUAAGAAGAAUGGUAGCGUGAGAAUAUGUGGAGACUUUAAAGUUACUGUAAACCCAGCCUUGUGUGCUGAACACUAUCCAAUACCUCGUAUUGAGGAUCUUUUUGCAUCAUUGUCUGGUGGACAUCGUUUCAGCAAACUGGACCUUUCACAGGCAUACCUCCAGGUACCAGUUAAGACUGACUCAAGAAAAUACCUCACAAUUACCACCCACAAGGGCAUGUUUCGCUACAACCGCUUACCAUUUGGGAUUACAUCCGCUCCCUCCAUUUUUCAGAGAAUAAUGGAUCAAGUGCUACAAGGCCUUCCAAAUGUCCACUGUUUUCUCGAUGACAUCCUUGUCACGGGCCGGGAUGAUGCACACCAUCUGAGAAAUCUCGAAGCAGUACUAAGUCGUCUCGAAGAAUUUGGGCUCCGAGUCCAGAAAGAGAAGUGUGAGUUUUUCAGGAGCUCACUUGAAUACCUAGGUCACAUAAUUGACUCAGCGGGACUUCAUAAGUUUCCUGAUAAGAUCCAAGCUAUAGUGGAUGCCCCUGCGCCAACCGACGUGAGUCAAUUACGCUCCUUCUUAGGACUCAUUAACUACUAUGCACGCUUUGUUUCAAACCUCUCAUCGCUUCUCCACCCACUAAAUGCGUUGCUACAUAAGGGAGUUAAGUGGGAAUGGUCAAAGACAUGUGAUGAGGCUUUCCAAAAGGCAAAAGAGCAGUUAUCCAGUAAAAGUGUCCUGACGCAUUACAAUCCAAGGUUUCCAGUUAUACUCACCUGUGAUGCCUCACCCUAUGGCGUUGGAGCGGUCAUCUCCCAUCGUUUGCCAAAUGGUGAAGAGCGACCCAUAGCCUUUGCUUCUCGGACGCUUAGCAAAGCAGAGCAGAAUUAUGCUCAGAUUGAGCGAGAAGCACUAGGAAUCAUAUUUGGGGUUAGACGUUUCCAUUCAUAUCUUUAUGGCCAUAAUUUUACUCUGCUUAUGGAUCACCGUCCUCUGAAAACCAUAUUAAGUCCCAGCAAAGCAACCCCGUCUAUGGCUGCAGCAAGACUACAGCGAUGGGCACUCAUAUUGGCAGCACAUGACUAUACAAUCAAAUACAGAUGUGCCGCUGACCAUGGUAAUGCAGAUGGUCUUUCACGUCUGCCCUUACCUGUGCAGCAUAAAGAGAAACAAGGGACAGUUAACACUUUUCUGAUUAACCACAUUGUAAGUCUCCCAAUUCAGUGUAAGGAUGUUAAAAGAGAAACCAGAUCUGACACCACCCUCUCACAGGUCAUGGAGAUGGUGUCAACCGGUCGCUUUCCAUCGGCCAAAGAUGCCGAUGGUAGCCUAGUACCGUAUAUCAUACGAAAGGAUGAACUCUCAGUACUUCAAGGCUGUUUAAUGUGGGGAAAUCGUGUAAUCGUUCCACCCAGAUUACGUCAGCAUGUCAUGGACGAACUCCAUGUGGGACACCCAGGCGUGAUCAAGAUGAAAGCAAUGGCAAGAAGCUAUGUGUGGUGGCCGGGCCUGGAUGCUCAGGUCGAGGAGAAGUGCAAAUCUUGCGCCUCUUGUCAGCGAUGUCAAAAGAGCCCUGCCCUCGCACUGCUACACCCAUGGCCCUGGCCAACAGCUCCGUGGCAGCGAAUUCAUAUUGAUUUCGCCGGACCUUUUGAAGGGCUCAUGUUUUUCAUCGUCGUUGAUGCGCAUUCCAAGUGGCCUGAAGUCUUUUUGAUGGACGCCACAACAUCUGCAAAAACAAUUGAAGUCCUAAGAGGUCUUUUCAGUCAUUAUGGAAUACCAGAGGUCUUAGUCAGUGACAAUGGGCCUCAGUUCACAUCUGAGGAGUUUGCCAACUUCUUAACAUCCAAUGGCAUUAAGCAUAAAUGGUCAGCUCCUUUUCACCCUGCAACCAACGGCCUGGCAGAGCGCUUUGUGCAGACAUUUAAACAUUCCCUAAAAAAAUCCAAGGGAAUGGAUUCUGUCCAGCGGCGACUUGAUGCCUUCCUACUGCAAUAUAGAAAUACCCCCAUGCCACUACUCAAGAGUCUCCAGCUAUGCUGUUUUUCCAUCGCAAACUGCGCACCCAUCUGGAUCUACUGA